ACUACUACUAUUCUGUCAAAGCUCCUCAUCACCUGGACACUGUUGCAGCAACAACGCUGAAGCCCAAGCCACAGCCACUGCCACCGCUACCACCACCACUGCCUGGCUUAAAACGCACCCAAAAACACAAAAAGUGGAUUAUGCAUUUCAACCUGAACAUUGGGUUUUGAGCAAGAAUUCUUCCUCUUGAUCUUUUGCUGCUUUUAUAAUCAUGAGAGGCUCAGAAAACGUGGCUGCGGAAGAUUCCACCACCAUAUCAGAUGAUGGCGGAGCCACCACCGUCACCUAUAACGACAUUGAAGACAGCAAAGAAGACGAAAAAGCCGUGGACUUGCCACCCAACCCGGCCCAACACCCGCCCACGCAGCCGCAGGCCAGUCCCUACCAAGAAGGAGAACUAGUCCUUGCUUAUCAUAACCAACGUGUCUACCCUGCCAAGAUAAUGAAGGUUGAUCUCGUACUGAAUGAAUGGAGGUAUUCAGUGCAUUAUCCCGGCUGGAAAAAAAGUUGGGAUGAAGUGGUAGGCAUGGAUCGCUUGAUGAAAUACACUGAAGAGAAUCGACAAAAACAGCAGGAACACAACAAAAAGCAAGAAAUGGAGAGCAAUGCCAAGCCGGGGAGCAAACAGAAAAUUUUGACUGGCUAUUCUGGUUUGAACACUGCAGGUGCAAGAGGCAAGAAGCGAAGAAGUGGAUCAGUUCAAAAGGAGAAAGCAAUGCUUUUGACCGAAAAGCGGGUGAAUAUCUAUAUUCCACCUGGAUUAAAGAAACUGCUUGUUCAUGAUUGGGAAUGUGUUACACACUUGGGCAAGCUAGUCAAACUUCCUAGCUCUCCAAAUGUUGAUGAAGUCUUGAGCAAGUAUUAUGAUUACCGGCUCAAGAAGGACGAUGGGGAUGGAUGCAGGUUAGCUGGUUCUGUUGGAGAAGUAGUCAAUGGUUUGCGUCGCUACUUCGAUAAAGCUUUGCCUGCAAUGCUGCUUUACAAGAAUGAGCGGCAGCAAUAUGAAGAAGCAAUAACAGAUAAUAUUGCCCCUUCAGCUGUAUAUGGAGCUGAACAUUUGUUGAGGCUAUUUGUUAAAUUGCCUGAUAUAUUAGACAGUGCUGAUAUUGAGGACACAAUGCUAUUAGAGUUGCAAGAAUACUUGGUGGACUUUCUCAAGUUCCUUCAGAAGAACCAAAGUAGUUUUUUUGCUGCUGCUCAGCAAUCCACAGAAAUCUCUGAUUUAACCAUUAAGAAACAAGAGGACUGAGUUGGAACUUUGGUAUGAUUGUCUGCGUGUACAUAUAAAUAUAGGCUAUGUGGCUGAAGAUGAAAUUUUUGGGAUCAUUUGCAGUUCUUUUUAGCUGCUUUCUUCAACUUCUGGCACCUGAUAUACCUCCUAUUCUUCUUGGAUGUUUGUACGAGUUAGUUACUGAUAUGAGCAGUUACAUACUGUUUGCCAAAAAUGCAUGUUUAUUCAACUCGAGACUCCUUGGUUUAAUUUUCAUUUUCUGCUGAUUGCUGUA